CCGAAGGCGUUGUUUUGAACAAGGGAAAGCGCAGCGGUAGCAGCCGAGAGAGGCUUGCCUCUGUUUCUCUCUUCUGUUCCGGUGUUGUCGUCUUCAUCCAUCCAAACUACUCCUAACCCAUUACCAUGCGUUUUCCUUUUUAGUCCCUCCCACCAAAUUUCUUUCUUUCUUUCUUUUUUAACAUUUUUUUUUCGCACACCGAUUUUCUUCUCUGCCAUUCAUACACCCACAAUUACUUCUACUCCGACUCUCAAACCUGAAAUACAAAUCAAAAUAAAAAAAAAAACCCUACACGCCAUUGCAGCUCUCCCCUCAACUGAUCCAAGCUUUGCUCGACACUCUGGCAAGGUAUGGGAAUGGGUAACAAUGAUGUAGAAAUAGAAGACACUGAAAUGCAGUCACAGGGUGUUGGAAAAAAUGAGCAGGGGCUGGAUAAGAAACAAGUUGAUGCUGAUGUUAAACCUGAGAUAGCAGAAUUGCCUCUCUCAGCUUCUGUGGAUGAACCAAAAUCCAGUGGUUUAGAGCAGCAGCAUAAUGAAAUAAUUACAGAAGCAGAGGACAAAAAGAAUGAACAAGAUGGCACCACUGGGGACAGUGAUGAAAGUAAGGCAGAGAAUGAGGAAGGAGACCAAUGCAAGGCUAAUGUUGAAGGUCAAAGAGAGGCUGGAGAUGAGAUAGAGCAGAACACUGCAAAGACUGAGAUAGAGGACAAUUGCUAUUUAAAGAAUGAGGCAGAUGAAAAGAGCAAUGCAGGAAAUGAGGUAAAGGAUCAAACGAAUGCAGCCACAGAUGACCCAAGUAAACCAAGAGAUGACUCAGGGGACCAAAACAUUGCUGAAAGUGACUCAAAGGAUGUUAUAAUGGGUGGAAAAGAAGAGCCACAUUUAAUUGAAAAUGGAGAGGACAAAAUUCUCACUUGUGAGGCCUUGGAGGACAAAGAAGCUAAUGACGAUGCUGCAAAGGGAGAAACCCUUAGUGAAAAUGCUCAACUGCCCGAUGAACAACUCACAAAUCAGGUACCUGAGGACACGAAAGGAGGAAUGAGAGGUUUGGCUCAUGAUGGUGAGAAUGACAUUCCCGAAAAUGGAAAUGAGAUGAUGAUUGAAGAAAAGAAGGAACCUGAGGAUAAAACUACUUCUGCUAGUGUUAUUGAUGUUAAAGAUGCUAGUCUGGGUGAAGCUUCAGAAACCAAAAAGAAAGUUAAUUACAUUCCUGUAAAUUUGCAAGAACCUGUAACUCCACAAACACUGGUGAAAUGUUCAGCAGGAAAAUCUGGACAAAUUAGUGGGGAAAUGUGCAAGAAUAAGUUUGGUUAUGUCAAGAUGGAUGAUGAUGCUGAUGAUGAUGACGAGGACGAUGGAACUCCAGAAGAUCAAGCAGCCUUUAUGAGAGAAAUUGAAAAUUUUUAUCGGGAGAGAUCACUGGAUUUUAAACCACCUAGGUUCUAUGGGCAGCCACUGAAUUGCCUGAAGUUAUGGAAAGCUGUAAUCAGGUUGGGUGGCUAUGAUCGGGUGACUGGAUCGAAGUUGUGGCGGCAAGUGGGCGAGUCUUUCAACCCCCCCAAGACUUGCACAACAGUUUCGUGGACAUUUCGCAUUUUCUAUGAGAAGGCACUUCUAGAAUAUGAACGGCAUAAGAUACAAACUGGUGAGCUUCAACUCUCAAUUGGUUCUCUCCCUGAUCCUUCAGGUGUUGACAAUGAGGGAAAUGGCCAUCAAGCUUCUGGAUCAGGCAGAGCACGAAGAGAUGCUGCUGCCCGUGCUAUGCAAGGAUGGCAUGAGCAACGCCUUCUUCGUUAUGGUGAGGUUGGUGAGCCAAUUAUAAAGGACAAGAACCUAAACAGUAUGGCAAAACGUGAAAAGAAUCUCAAAAGUAUAGGUUCUCUUAAGCAGAAGAGGCCUAACGAAGUUGAACUCCCUGUGAAAGCAGCACGAACUGAAAUGUCUAGGCAAUUGGUUACUACAGUUGUUGAUGUUGGACCACCUGCUGAUUGGGUGAAAAUCAAUGUGCGGGAAACAAAAGAUUGUUUCGAGGUCUAUGCCCUAGUUCCAGGCCUGCUACGUGAGGAGGUGCGUGUUCAAUCUGAUCCAGCUGGACGGCUUGUUAUAACUGGUCAACCUGAGCAGCUUGACAAUCCUUGGGGAAUUACUGCUUUCAAGAAGGUAGUAAGCUUACCUGCUAGAAUUGAUCCUCUUCAGACUUCUGCUGUUGUAAGCCUGCACGGACGUCUCUUUGUACGAGUCCCAUUUGAGCAGUCGAAUAUGUGAGGCCAAAGUUGUGUGACAUAUAGCUGAAUCUGACAAAGCAUAAUGAGUUUGUGGAUGUUGACUAUCAUGUAUGAACAAUCUCAAGGUAUUGACUAUCGGAACUAUUUAUGAAUUUGUUGAGAGAUUAGAUGUUAAUGUGGUCUGGAUAAAAACUAGAAGUUAGUAGCUAGAUGGUAGGAAGGGGAGCAGAUGGAAGAACUCAGUGGGUCUGCUUGGGUGUAGGAUUUUUGAUGUGUUGUGAUGUUAAAAGUAGUGGAGGAGUUUGUUCAUUUGCACAGUAUAGCUUUUAGGAACGCUUAAUUUGUAGCCAGGGACAGGGAAAAUACAAAUGCAAUGCAUUGUGUUGCCGUAUACUGAGCUUAUUAA